AUGGCUCUAUGGAGAGCUCGAGCGGCUUCGUCUUCUCUCUUCAAUAGGCUUCUCCAACCUCUGAAUCGCUCCUCUGCCGUAUUUGACGGUAGCAGCACUCUUUGCCGCAGUUUCUCCGUUGCCACCGGAAAAGAUGCAGCUGCUGAUGCUAAUUUAUUGAGGGAGACGAUGAAGAGAGAGCUCCUUCAUCUCGACAUCAACUCCCAGACUGGAAGCAACAUGCCGCUUGCUUCGAUGCGAAUUGGUACCAUAAUCCACAACAUUGAGAUGCGGCCGGGCCAAGGUGGGAAGCUGGUUCGAGCUGCAGGGACGAGUGCCAAAAUCAUGAAGGAGCCAACAGCCGAAAUCUGUGUGAUAAAACUGCCUUCUGGUGCUGAGAAGAUCAUCGAUGCUCGAUGCAGGGCGACGGUUGGGGUGGUGUCCAAUGCCAGCCAUGGGGCGAAGAAGCUUACAAAGGCAGGGCACAGCAGGUGGUUAGGGAGAAGGCCAGUUGUUCGAGGAGUGGCCAUGAAUCCGGUGGAUCAUCCCCACGGCGGUGGAGAAGGUAGGAGCAAAAGUAGUGGCUCUUUCGGUAGAGUGUCGCAGACUCCAUGGGGUAAGCCGACUAAAUCUGGGUACAAGACUGGUCCACUCAAGCGCAAAAAGUAG